AUGACCACUCCAUCAAAAUCGAACGGUACUCCUUCGAAACAACGUCGUACACCAGCUAAACAAACGCCGGGUUCGACACAACGCACACCUGCUAAACAUCGAAAUCCAUUAACAGCCUUACAAGAAGAUGAGCAUAUGACAAGUCCAACACCAAGUUCUGUCCUACAAAUGCCAUUUACACCUGGUCGAACUCCAAAUAAAAACCGAGGCAUGGCAUUUUCACCAAUGACAUAUACAACAUCUCCUGCGCAUAGUAAUAUAUGUCCUAGUACUCGUACACCGAUGUCAACACCUUCACGAGUUAGAUCGGAUCUUGGCAGUGCAAGAAAAUUACGUUUAGUCAAUGAACAGGAUGAAUUAGAAGGUGAUAUUGAUAUUAAUACAGCCGACAAUCAAGUUGUUAUUUGGGGUACAGAUGUUCAUGUUAAUGAAUGUAAACGUCGAUUUAUAUCAUUUUUGAAAAAGUUCCAUUUAAAUGUUGAAGAAGCCAAUAUUGAAGGCGUUGAUCCAGCUAAACCAUUUUAUAUGCAAAAAUUAGAAGAAAUUCAUUUACUUGAACGGCCAUUUCUUAAUGUUGAUUGUGCACAUAUAAAACAAAUCGAUAGGACAAUGCUAAGUCAACUGAUUGCAUAUCCACAAGAAGUGGUACCAAUAUUUGAUAUCGCUGUUAAUGAACUAUUUUUUACCAUCUAUGAAGAUGAUACACUUCCACAUCAAAUACAAGUACGACCAUAUAAUGUUGAUCUAUUUAAAAAUAUGCGUUGUCUUGAUCCUGAAGAUAUCGACAAACUAGUUAGUCUUACAGGCAUGGUUAUUCGAUCUUCAUUGAUAAUGCCUGAAAUGCGUUCAGCGUAUUUCUCAUGUAAUCUAUGUGGUUUUCAUGUACAAGUUGAAAUUGAUCGUGGAAGAAUUGCUGAACCGACUAUAUGUACAUCGUGUAAUACAGCACAUUCAUUUGAAUUGAUUCAUAAUCGAUCAUUAUUUGCGGAUAAACAAUUUGUUAAAUUACAAGAAACGCCUGAGGAAAUGCCGGCUGGGCAAACGCCAGUUACUGUAACAAUUGUAGCACAUAAUGACCUAGUGGAUGCCGUGCAACCUGGCGAUCGUGUUCAAGUUACUGGUAUAUUUCGUGCAGUGCCAGUUCGUAUGAAUCCUAAAACACGAAAUGUUCGAUCCGUUUAUCGUACAUACAUUGAUGUUAUUCAUUUUCGCCGUCACAAAACAUUUACAGCCGUUGGUGGAAAUGAAGAACCGGCUACAAAUGAUGACGAAGAAGCAAGUUCAUCAAAAUUUUCCAAAGAACGUUUAGCACAAUUUCGAAAUUUGUCUGAACGUUCAGAUAUUUACGAAUUAUUAUCAAAUGCUAUUGCUCCAAGUAUAUUCGGACACGAAGAUAUAAAGAAAGGUAUUCUAUUACAAUUGUUUGGUGGAUCAAAAAAAUGCUUUAGUGAAGCUGGACGAAAAAGUGUUCGUUCUCAAAUUAAUAUUUUACUCUGUGGUGAUCCAGGUACAGCUAAGUCUCAAUUGCAACAAUAUGUAUUUCGUUUGGUACCUCGUGCUCAAUAUACCAAUGGUAAAGGUACAAGUGCUGUUGGUCUUACAGCCUAUGUUACAAAAGAUCCUGAAACUGGUCAACUUGUUCUUCAAACCGGUGCAUUAGUUCUUGCCGAUAAUGGUAUUUGUUGUAUUGAUGAAUUUGAUAAAAUGAGUGAAAGUGCUCGAUCAAUCCUUCAUGAAGUUAUGGAACAACAAACUUUAUCAAUCGCUAAAGCUGGUAUUAUAUGUACAUUAAAUGCUCGUACAUCUAUUUUAGCUGCUGCUAAUCCUAUUGAAUCAUCAUGGAAUAAAUCAAAAACAAUUAUUGAAAAUAUCCAAUUACCACCAACAUUACUUUCACGUUUUGAUUUAAUUUUCCUCUUACUUGAUCCACAGGAUGAAGCCUAUGAUAGACGAUUAGCACAACAUUUAGCGUCAUGGUAUCAAUAUGGAAAGGAAGGGGAAGCUGUUCAUGACGCUAUGGAUGCAGAUUUACUUCGAGAUUAUAUAUCUUAUGCGCGUACAUUUGUUAGUCCACAAUUAACUGAAUCAGCUGGUAAACUUCUUAUUAGUUCAUAUGUCGAGAUGCGUAAAGUAGGUAGUGGUAAAGGACAAAUAACUGCGUAUCCAAGACAACUUGAAUCGUUGAUUCGUUUGGCUGAAGCACAUGCUAAAGUUCGACUUUCUAAUAAAGUUGAAGAAUUAGAUAUCGAAGAAGGAAAACGACUCUAUCGUGAAGCAUUAAAACAAGCAGCAAUAGAUCCGAAAACAGGUCAUGUUGAUGUUGCAAUUUUAACUACGGGUAUUAGUGCUGGUGAACGUCGUCUUCGUGCUGAUCUUGCUCAAACACUUAAACGUUAUAUGAAAGAACGUAAAUCAACAUUAAGUAUAGGAUCCGUAAAGAAAGACACAUUAUUCAACGAAAUUCGUGAACGAAAUGAUGAACGUAUUACACGCGAUAUGUUUGAUGAUGCUAUUCGAGCAUUAGAAGAAGAAAAUUUUCUUAUUGCAACUCAUCAAACCGUCCGCAUGGUUACAUUAGGUGAAUCAAAUUUUGAUUGA